UACGUUAGAGUGGUGGGAGGGACCCGUCAUGGCUGCCAAGACAGUGAAACUGGCAGCUUUGCCAGCCGCUCUGGGGUUUGCAUCUGUUCGAGUGUAUGCCUUGACUGAAAUAAAGGCAGAGGAGCUGCUCUCACCCCAAGAGCUGUCGGUCUACACUCCCCUGCCCCGGCAACUGCAUUAUGUGGAGGAGGACCCUGGGCUGCUACAGAGGGGGCUGGGCGUGGCGCGGGUCGGCCUGCUGCCCUACGUCCGGGCCGUCAAGAGAGCUUGUGUUACCAUCAAAAUAGGAGCUGUAAAUCUAUAUCAUGCUGGAGUAGAUACGUAUGAGUUCCUUAAAGAUCCACCCCCAGGUUUUCUUCCCAGGGUUAGCGUCAUUACUGUGUCUGGAUUGGCUGGCCUGAUCCUAGCAAGGAGAGGGUCCCGAAUGAAGAGGAUCGGGGUGCCUCUGGGACUGGCCACCAUGGGAACGGCCGUGUGCUACCCUGCCCAGACCGUGGGGGUGCUGAAGCUGUCAGGGAAGAAGGCUUACUCUGCCACUCAGUGGGCCAGCUCCUCUGUGACCUCGCUGUGGAAAUCGAGUCCUGCUCCACCCGCCAGCCCUGAGUCAGUGCCGGCGCCAGCCUCUGAGCCCGAGGCGACGCCACCGAAACCUGUCCCUGAAGCAGAUUCAGCCCCUCCCCCUGUGGAUGAACCCGUCUCUUCGCCGCUUCCCGAAGCAGCGUCUGCGGAGGAGACGCUCUCUGUCCCUGUCCCUGUCCCAGAGGGGGACGCUGCCACAGCUGAGGAGCCAGCCCCCCUGCUUGCCAGUGAGGCCCAGUCCACAGCUGCUCCUGUAGAGGACAGCGUGCCGGAGCCUGUCCCUGCAGCAGAGCCCACCUCUCAACCUGCUGCUCCAGAGCCCGUUCCUGCAGAAUCACAAGCAGGGUCGCCCCCUGCAGUCAUCCUGAGUGUAGACACGCCGGCAGAGCAAAGUGCUCCUCCCGCUGACCUGCACUCUGCGCCUGCUCCUUCUGUUGAUGCUGCCUCCUCGCCCCCUGUAGAGGAGGACGUCCCUCUAGCCCUUCCCCUUGUAGAUCUUUCUGCCCCACCGGUUCUCCCCCUUGCAGAGGAGGCUGCCCCACUGGCUUCUCCUGCUACAGAUGAGAUUUCCCUACUUGCUUCUCCCCCAACUGAGGAAACCAUACCAUCGGCCCCUACCCCUGCAGAGGGGAGUGUUCCUGUGGCCCCUCCUACUACAGGAGAGACCUCCCCUCUCCUAGCUGCUGAUAACCUUGCCCCAGCCUCAGCUAAUGUAGAGGAGUCUGCUUCCCCGCCCAUCGCUGCAGGCUCCGCCCCUGCUCCUGUAGAGGAGCCCGCUUCCCUGCUUAACGCUGCAGACUCCGCCCCUGCUCCUGCAGAGGAGCCCGCUUCCACACUUCCUGCUGCUGAUCCCGCCUCUCUGGAGCCUGCCGCUGAGGUUCCAGAGAAGCCCCGGUUCGCCCCUGAUCCGAAGCUGAUGGACCACGGCCAGUCCAACCCAGAGGAUGCUGACCUCUACAGCACACGCAGCUGAGCAGCAGGAUGGGAAGGGAAGGGAAGAGGGAGGGAGGGAUUGUGGGUACACUACCGUUUAGUGGAGGUGGAGUCCAGGGUUCCGUCGCACAGUAGUGUGGUGCAUCCAAUACUCUGAUACGCUGCAGGUGCCUAGGUGUAUAACCCUUGUGCUUUAUCCAGAGAGUCAUGUGACUUCAGAUUCCUGCUCCUCCCAGUGUUGUCUGUGAAGGAGGUGCCUGCAGUCCAGUACACACAAAAAGGGGAACAAGCUUCCGUGCAGCAGAACCGUGACAUCAUUUUCCUCACUGUCACCCCAGAGUAAUCACUGCAUUUGGGAAGCCGGCUAGAAAACCAAUUUCUCCACUCUGACAAUUGGUCAGUCUCGUAAGCAGAACAUUCUCAUAGUCAUUCCAGGAUUACUUCAUUUCAUUGAGAAAAUACCCAAACUCAUUGCUAAUUCACUUUGCUGUUGGGCUAAUUUCAAUACAGUCAGGAUAAAUAUCAAUAAUCUAUGCAAUAUUUCAACACAAAAUGGAAACGGUAUGGGAACCAGCUGUGAUAAUAUCGAAGAAAGUAUUUCAGCUGUCAAAAAAAAAUUUUAGAAUCGAAAGUGCUGGUUUUUCUCUGUCUGAGGUGUCUUUUCUUCACAUUCAGUUUUGGAACAAGGACAACAUGGGGUUUGAAUAUGAGGUGAGGGGCUGUAUGGGGUUCUGUCUGCUGUCAAGUGUACAUGCACAUGUACCAUCCAUUCUACUUUCUGCAACAACGCCCUUGUGAAACAGUAGUGUGCAAGCAGUUUGGCCGUAAUACGUCAUUGUGAAUCAUUUGAAUGCUAAAUGGAUUCCCGCGAUACGUCUUUUGUUAAUUUUUGAUGAAGGAACUCACAGUACGUGCAUUUUUGAGCAGGCACCCUGUGCUCUUGAACUACCGGGCAAGACAUGGGACUUCAUGAAUUUUAAUUUAUAUUGUCAGAAUUGCGCACAUAAAUUAGCAUACAUGAGAUCUCUAUUGUGUACAGUAUGUCAUUUCAUACUUUAAUUUGUAGCAAGUCUGUUUAUUUUAAUGUAAUGUAAAUUUAGUAUUCAAUUGGGUCAUAAAUUAUGUGUUUAUGUGCAGUGCCCUUAAAAAGGCUAGAGGGUGCCAUGAAU